CCGAGCACAUCUCUCCAGUUGCAGUUAUGGCGGAGCCUUCAGCGCGGCGAGAUGACGAUGAGUGGCACGAUUUUAACGCAUUCAAGAGCGGAACGGGACGCAAUAUUCAUCUGGAGCGGGUUCGAGUGAACGCUGAAGAGAUGUCGCUGCUGCUGGAUGGGGUUUCUGUCACAGAGCUCGCGUUUGAGACGAGCCCUUACACAGAGGACAUGAUCACACACUUCGACGAGAAGUUACAAUUAUGCUUCCAAAAUGUAAACACUAAACCGGACGCAAUAAAUCUAUUGACGCCGAUAAAUGAGGAUACGACCCUGAAAUGCGAUGAGAUCUGGGAGGCUCUCACAGAUAGCUAUGGCAGUGUGAUGCCGGUGGACUGGAGUCAGUCUAAAGCUCGCUCACUUCACCUCUCAGCGCUGAGCAUUGAGGACAGAGCUCGGAUGGAGAGUGUGAACCUGGACCUGUCUGAUGACGAGGACCUGAGGGAGCAGAUGGACAUGCACUCCAUCAUCGUGUCCUGCAUCAACGAGGAGCCGCUGCUCACUGCUGAACAGGUGAUUGAGGAGCUAGAGGAGCUCAUGCAGGACUCCCCAGAGAUGGAAUCGGCGCGGAUCGCUCCACACUCAGAGCUCUCGCUCAUCUCUCAGAAGACACAGAGGUCUCACAGCAGCCAGAUCUCCGAGGAGCGAGUGAGGCUGAUGUCUGCGCUGGAGCUGAACGAUGAGCUGGAGGAUGUGGAGACGGCCAUACGCAGGUAUUCAGAGGAGCUCAUCCAGCAGCUGGCCAUCAGAGAUGAGCUGGAGUUUGAGAAGGAGGUGAAGAACAGCUUCAUCGCGGUUCUCAUAGACGUACAGAACCGGCAGAAGGUCCACCGAGAGAUGCUGAAAAAGAAGAGGAAAGUGAAGAGCGCGUCUGCAUCAGAGAGGCUGCCGUCUUCUUAUGUAACAACAGUCAUCCCUUACGAGAGAAAAGACGGACCACCGUCACUCCAAGACCUUCAGAUUUUUACCAAAAUUUUAGAAGCCAUGAGAGAUGACAGCGAUAAAGUCCCAAGCCUCCUCACAGACUACAUCCUCAAAGAGAGAGACUUGUCUCUGCAGCGUCCCUGGAGGGAGUUACUCACUGUGUUACUCAGAUUUCUCACUGCAUGAUGUGUUCGACUUCAGCUGCAGGACUCAGUUCUUCUGUACUGAUGUGAUGGUCUGUAUUUUGCAUGUUUUACCGCACAUGGCAAGUUUGCAGUAUUCAGUGUUUGUAGGUUUGUGUGUUCAGUGACUGGAGGAAAAAUCCAGAUCUGGACUGUAGGACUUGUCUCAGUGUUAAAUGUCCACCUUAUUGUGCAGCUUA